AUGGCUGAAAGCGGCGGCGGUGGUGGUGGUUGUUGUCCGCCGAUGGAUCUGAUGCGAUCAGAGCCGAUGCAACUUCUUCAACUCAUUGUUCCCAUGGAAUCGGCUCAUCUUACCGUCUCUUACCUUGGAGAUCUCGGUCUCGUCCAAUUCAAAGACCUUAAUUCAGAGAAGAGCCCAUUUCAACGUACUUAUGCAGCUCAGAUAAAAAGAUGUGGAGAAAUGGCACGGAAGAUACGUUUCUUCAAGGAUCAAAUGUCGAAAGCAGGAGUUGUACCCAAGGAGAUGCUAGAGAAGGAAAAUGAUAUUGACUUGGAUGAUGUUGAGGUAAGGCUUGGAGAGCUAGAAGCUGAACUUGUGGAAAUCAAUGCUAAUAAUGACAAGUUGCAGCGAUCCUAUAAUGAACUUAUGGAGUACAAGUUGGUUCUUCAGAAGGCUGGUGAGUUCUUUUCUUCUGCUCAUAGAAGUGCCACAGCUCAACAGAGUGAACCAGAAUCACCACGUGGGGGUGAAGAUCUGCUGGAGUCUCCUUUGUUGCAGGAGGAGAAGUCCAUUGAUUCGUCAAAGCAAGUAAAGCUUGGAUUUCUGACCGGUUUAGUGCCUCGUGAAAAGUCUAUGGUGUUUGAGAGGAUUCUAUUCCGUGCUACUAGGGGAAACAUCUUUACUCGACAGUCUGUCAUUGAUGAGGCGGUCAUUGAUCCCAACUCCGGGGAGAAGGCUGAGAAAAAUGUUUUUAUUGUCUUCUAUUCCGGGGAAAGAGCAAAAAGCAAAAUUCUUAAAAUAUGUGAAGCUUUUGGGGCCAAUCGCUAUCCUUUCAGCGAGGACCUUGGAAAACAAGCUCAAAUGAUAACCGAGGUUUCAGGUCGAUUAACAGAGCUUAAAACCACCAUAGAUGCUGGGUUAGGUCACCGGGACAUGUUGUUGCAUACCAUUGGAGAUAAGUUUGAGCUAUGGAACCUCAAGGUGCGCAAAGAGAAAGCCAUCUAUCAUACUUUGAACAUGCUUAGUCUUGAUGUGACGAAGAAAUGUCUUGUGGCUGAGGGCUGGAGUCCUGUUUUUGCAUCAAACGAAAUUCAAGAUGCAUUAAAGCGUGCUGCAGUUGACUCCAAUUCUCAAGUUGGAUCAAUAUUCCAGGUUUUGAGGACCAAAGAGUUGCCACCAACUUAUUUCCGCACAAACAAAUUUACUUCUGCAAUCCAGGAAAUUGUUGAUGCGUAUGGUGUGGCCAAGUAUCAGGAAGCCAAUCCGGGUGUAUUCACAAUCGUCACCUUCCCCUUCCUUUUCGCUGUUAUGUUUGGUGAUUGGGGGCAUGGAAUAUGUUUGCUCCUUGCAACUAUGUACUUGAUAGUGAGAGAAAAGAAACUUGCCAGCCAGAAACUUGGGGAUAUUAUGGAAAUGGCUUUUGGUGGCCGUUAUGUCAUUAUGAUGAUGUCACUCUUCUCAAUAUACACGGGUUUAAUCUACAACGAGUUCUUCUCUAUUCCAUACCCGUUGUUUGCUCCCUCUGCCUAUGAUUGCCGUGAUGUCGCAUGCAGCGAGGCUACAACAAUUGGUUUGAUAAAGGUCCGGGACACUUACCCAUUUGGUCUAGAUCCAGUGUGGCAUGGUACCCGCAGCGAGCUACCGUUCCUGAACUCACUGAAGAUGAAGAUGUCAAUCCUCCUCGGAGUUUCUCAAAUGAACCUUGGAAUCAUAAUGAGCUACUUCAAUGCAAUAUUCUUCAAAUCGAGUGUAAAUAUAUGGUUCCAGUUCGUUCCCCAGAUGAUAUUCUUGAACAGCUUAUUCGGCUAUCUCUCGGUCCUCAUCAUCAUAAAGUGGUGCACUGGUUCUCAAGCAGAUUUGUAUCAUGUAAUGAUUUACAUGUUCCUGAGCCCAACCGAUGAGUUAGGAGAGAAUGAACUUUUCCCUCACCAGAAAACAGUGCAGAGGCAUCAAGGCCAGGCAUACGCACCUCUUGACGAGACAGACGAGAGUCUUCACGUAGAGACAAACGGAGGAUCCCACGGACAUGAAGAGUUUGAAUUCAGCGAGAUAUUUGUGCAUCAGCUGAUUCACACCAUAGAGUUUGUGCUUGGAGCUGUUUCCAACACGGCUUCUUACCUUCGUCUAUGGGCUCUCAGUCUUGCUCACUCUGAGCUAUCAUCAGUCUUCUAUGAGAAGGUCCUUCUUCUCGCUUGGGGUUACAACAAUAUACUGAUCCUCAUCGUUGGGAUCAUCGUAUUCGUUUUUGCGACCGUGGGAGUCUUGCUGGUGAUGGAGACGCUAAGCGCGUUCCUUCACGCGCUACGUCUCCACUGGGUAGAGUUUCAGAACAAAUUCUACGAAGGAGAUGGUUACAAGUUCGCUCCUUUCACUUUCAUUCUCACUGGAAAUGAAGACGAGUGA